AGGGGCGGCGGGAGGCACAUCCCAACACAUUCAGUCAGCAAUCGUCAUGGAAGCAACAACUGUGAAGACCGCCUACGCACUGUUCCUGCACCGCUCGGAGCUACAGCGACGCAAAGCGCACUUUGCCAAGAUGUCACAGACAAAGAUUCUAUUGACCAAUGAAUUAAUUGCCAAAACAAAGCAGCGCAUGGCCACGUGCAGCUACGAGGAUCUGCAGAUACUGGUCCGGGAGCAGCAGUUCAAGCGGCUGCUCGAACAGAAGCUCCAGCAUAGAGCUAAGCAGCUUAAAGCGGUGCAGAGGCAGAGCCGCAAACUCAAGCUGAAGCGACUGCAGUGAAACCCGAGCAAGCAGAGGAAUUUGGACACAGU